UCCGGACACCACGUAGGCAGUUAGCCAGACUUGACUCUGUAAACAGAAGACAACACCCGCCAUCUUGUCUGUCAGUCGAAGUUCCCACACUGCAGUGCGGUAUUGUUGUUAGGGUUAAACAUGGCGUCGGUGAGCUGUCCGUUACAGAGAACCUUCUCUCGCCCCGCCACCAACUCGUCCCAGCCCAACACCAGCCCGGUACUCUGUCGGGAGCGGUUAUGGGUGUUGUCGGUGCAGCGUUACGGGAGAGACCGAGGCUUCAGUCUGUAUUUCCCCCAGAACAUCAGCUCCUCAGACAGCCUCUACGACGCUACUCUGACAGAUGGGGACUGCAGGCUGCGUGUGACCCUUGACCCCAGCCUCAACCGUCUGGUGGAGAGGAACGUGUUCCGGUGUGGCGCUGAGCUACGACAUGUUACCUUUUCACCCGGGGAGUCUGUAGGGGAGGAGGAGGAGUGGGGAGGAGGGAGGACUUACAGGCUGGUGAGUGUGGAGGUGGCUGGGGAUGGAGGAGGGGAAGGCGGGAUGGAGGGGCUGACUCCCGGGGUGGAGCUGGAGAGACUGCCAUGGUACGGAGCCCAACCAGACCCAGAGAGAGACCCAGGAUCCCAUCCAGCAGACCCAGCCCUAAUCCCAGAGAGGGCCCAGGCCCCCAGCUUGCUGCCCCUCAGGGCCAGGAGGAGCUGCUAUCUGCCCCUCUGGAACAACCAGGACUACAGUGGACCAGCCUGGAGGGAGACCCCCAACUCAGAGGACUCAGAGAACUCAGAGGACUCGGACCCGGAUGUAGAGGGUGCUCGGGCUACAGUGACACUAGCUGAACUGCAGGAGGACUUCCUGUCCCGUCAGGGCGGUGCCACAGUGAGGAGGGGUGUGGCCAGGGGUGUGCUGGUGGUGCGAGUUCUAAACAAGUCCAGAGUGAUGUAUUAUGGGAAAUCAGACAGCAAUUGUGAAUGUCCUUAUAAGGCGGUGUUGGAGGUGUGUGAUGUGUCGGGGUGUGUGUGUGUGUGUGUGCUGUGGAACAGUGUGUGUGUGUCGUGGUAUGGCAGACUGAGACCAGGUCAGGUUUUGAGAACGAGAGGCUUCAGAGUCAAGGAGAGCUACGACAAGAGAGACCACCAACAUAUAGAGAUCAGUCUAAACUCCAGGAACCCGUCAGCUGAGAUCUCUAUCGUCCCAGAAUCCUCUCUGUCUGCUGACGUCCGUUCGCUACGUCCCACCUACUCCUUCUGCAAUGGGAAGGAUCUCCUCAGCUGUCCCCACGGCAACAUCUGUGAUGUCAUCGGCCUGGUGGGGUUCUCUGGUCGGCCUGAAAGAAUCAGGAGCAAGGAUGGACAGGGUCAAGAGCUGUUGGAGUAUCGCUGGCUCCGAUUGGAGGACGGGACUUCUGAUCAACCAAUCAUGAUAAAGCUCUUCUCAACGUCUCAACCAGAGACACACAACAAGAUACUCCCACUAUCUGUAGUGGUGUGUACCAGACUCCAGAUGGUCAGAGAUUCAUCCUGCUAUUACCUCACCAACACUACCUACACACAGAUCUACUGCACAGGUUCUGGCCACCACUCAGUGAUGCCCUACAGGAAGCUCCGCCCAGUGCGUCAGUUUGUCCGAUGGCUGCGGAGCGUGGAUGACAGACAGGUGCUGAGCAGGGCUGUGGUUGGUGGAUACUUCAUCUACCCGCCCCCUCCCGUCUCCCUGGAAGCCUACAUGAAGAACAGGAGAGGUGAACUAGGCCUGCUGAGGGGGGCGGAGCUAAAGUGGGAGGCGGAGCGACUUCAGUACAGAGAGAGACGUAGCUUCUGUAUCCAGGCAACCGUCACCAUGGUUACUCACUGCCAUAGAGGAAAGGAGGACCAGUGUCUAGUGUGGACAGACAGACCUGCUGCUUUCUCCCCUCGUGUGUCUCCCUCCUCUCCCUCCUCUCCUCGUUUGUCUCCCUCCUCUCCUCGUAUCUCUCCCUCCUCCCCUCGUCUCCCUCCCUCCUCUCCUCGUCUCCCCCCCUCCUCUCCUCGUGUGUCUCCCUCCUCUCCUCGUCUCCCCCCCUCCUCUCCUCGUGUGUCUCCCUCCUCUCCUCGUCUCCCCUCCCCCUCUCCUUGUGUGUCUCCCUCCUCUCCUCGUCUCUCUCCCUCCUUCCCUCGUCUCUCUCCCUCCUCCCCUCGUCUCCCUCCCUCUUCCCCUCCUCUCCCUCCCUCUUCCCCUCGUCUCCCUCCCUCUUCCCCUCGUCUCCCUCCCUCCUCUCCAGGCUCGUCGGUCAAAUUGAGUCCCAGGCUUCUGAUGCUGAGAGCGGGGUUAGGACUCAGCAACGGUAAAUCCCCAAAGAGAAAACUUUUCAGCAGUGCUGGACCCCCCAGGAAGAGACUGACUCUAGGGACCCAUCCAGAGGAGGAGCCCGACACAGAGGGCAGUCUGUGGGAAGCCUCCAUGGAGUUCCUGGAGACCAACUAUGAUGAAGAUGAUGAUGAUGAGGAUGAUGACGAUCAGGCCUUCCUCACGGCCCCCUCCUCUCCUGUCUCGUCGUUGGGUGGGUGUCGGCUGGGCCUGGCUCGCGUUGCCAUGGAGACGGUGCCCCUACAGUACUGCCCGGCGACCGGGGAGGAACAGGCGGUUGCCAUGGAGAUGCAGACAGGAGAGUUCCAGAACCUUCCGGGUUGUAGAAGUUUGGAGAACUACAGCCCUUCAGUGAACUACACCCAGACUGGACACUACACACUCACACUGAGAGCUUUAUCUGAUGGGUUGGUGGUAGAUGCAGUGUUCCUACCUGGUAGCUCCGCCACCAGCGCCCCUCCAGGCCCCUCCCCUCCACAUGGCCCCUCCCACUCUGACCACUGGUUCACCAUCCUGACACACGGAGGCUUUUCACCACACACACCUCCACCUGCACCAGCGGACCUGAUCGCAACGGCCUCCCAGCUGGCCAAUCAGAGGCUGGUGUGUGUCCUGGAGUUGUGUCUUCUGGGAGGAGACAGAUUGGAGGUGGUACUGAGUAGAGUCUUCCCUCUGAGAGACUGACCUCUUCAUCGAGGAGGAGACAGAUUGGAGGCUUCCCUCUGAGAGAAUGACCUCUUCAUCGAGGAGGAGACAGAUUGGAGGCUUCCCUCUGAGAGAAUGACCUCUUCAUCGAGGAGGAGACAGAUUGGAGGCUUCCCUCUGAGAGAAUGACCUCUUCAUCGAGGAGGAGACAGAUUGGAGGCUUCCCUCUGAGAGAAUGACCUCUUCAUCGAGGAGGAGACAGAUUGGAGGCUUCCCUCUGAGAGAAUGACCUCUUCAUCAAGUCUAAUCUACUGUAUGUGGGAGUCAACUCAAUGUUUGGCAUUAUUUGAUCUUAGCGAAUCACACGAUUGUAAGGUGUGGCUCCGAAUCAAGAAGCGUGUGGAGGGGGAGAUGAUUGGUUGAAGAAAAGCCCAUGUCAAGACUUUCUUGCUGAUUUUCUAUUGGUUAGUGAAGAUCACGUUUGAAGCUUUUGUUCACGAGACAUUCCAUGGAAGGAGGAAAGAGGAAGAAGAAAAGAGGAAGGACAUUAUUAAAAGACUCACACACCCUUUCUCUCUCUCUCAAACACACACACACACACACACACACCCUUUCUCUCUCUCUCAAACACACACACACACACACACACCCUUUCUCUCUCUCUCAAACACACACACACACACACACACACCCUUUCUCUCUCUCUCAAACACACACACACACACACACACACCCUUUCUCUCUCUCUCAAACACACACACACACACACACCCUUUCUCUCUCUCUCAAACACACACACACACACACACACACCCUUUCUCUCUCUCUCAAACACACACACACACACACACACACCCUUUCUCUCUCUCUCAAACACACACACACACACACACCCUUUCUCUCUCUCUCAAACACACACACACACACACACACCCUUUCUCUCUCUCUCAAACACACACACACACACACCCCCUUUCUCUCUCUCUCAAACACACACACACACACACACACCCUUUCUCUCUCUCUCAAACACACACACACACACACCCCCUUUCUCUCUCUCUCAAACACACACACACACACACACCCUUUCUCUCUCUCUCAAACACACACACACACACACACCCUUUCUCUCUCUCUCAAACACACACACACACACACCCCCUUUCUCUCUCUCUCAAACACACACACACACACACACCCCUUCUCUCUCUCUCAAACACACACACACACACACACACACACACUCACACACACCCCUUCUCUCUCUCAAACACACACACACACACACACACACACACACACACACACACACACACACACACACACACACACACACACACCCUUUCUCUCUCUCAAACACACACACACACACACACACACACCCCUUCUCUCUCUCAAACACACACACACACACACACACACACACACACACACACACACACACACACACCCUUUCUCUCUCUCAAACACACACACACACACACACUCACACACACCCCUUCUCUCUCUCAAACACACACACACACACACACACACACACACACACACACACACACACACACACACACACACACACACACACCCUUUCUCUCUCUCAAACACACACACACACACCCUUUCUCUCUCUCAAACACACACUCACACACACCCCUUCUCUCUCUAACACACACACACACACACACACCCCUUCUCUCUCUCAAACACACACACACACCCUAUCUCUCUCUCUGACACACACACACCCUUUCUCUCUCUGACACACACCUAACUGUGAAUUGUAAAGCCAGCUAUUUUAUGUUGUUUGAAACCGUGUUUUACAGGUGAAGGCUUAAUAAACAGUACUAUGUA